AUGCCGUCACUUCACAGCGUGGAGGUGCGUACAAUGCUGCUGCUCUCGGCGAGCUUGGCAGUGACCUCGUGCCUGGAGCUUCUGCAACUCCUCCUUCUUGCCAUCUGCUGUCUAGCAUAUAUCUUGUUCAUAAACUGCAGGACAAGGCUCCGCCUGAGGGAUGAUCCGUCUAGAGCUCCACCGCCUCGACCCACACGACAACCGUUCCAGCCAAGCAGCCAGCUGCCGGUCAGGCAAGAAAGCAAGGUGCCAGUUCAGCCGCCGAGCUUUCAGUCAAUUGGCUUCAGCGAGCAGGUUGCUGAGCUGCUGGAAUUAAUCACGCCAUCGGAGGCGUCAGAGCGAGUUGCCAAGGAACUAGCAGCCUACACAGAAUCGAUAAUACAAGAAAUGCUCCCCGGAGCCUCAGUAGAAGGGUUUGCAAACGCUGACAUACUUCGUGGCACUGCCUUCGGGGUAGCUGUGCCCGAGAUUGACUUAGUUGUUAUUGCCGACCCGGAUUGCCUGGAGCGUCAAUUGCAAGGUCGACUUGCCAAAGGAGGUGUUCACAAAACUCGUAUGGAUGCACGCAAAAUGCAGAAGUCCGCCAUACGGGCAUGUACAGACCUUCUUGUAGCUGCAGGCGGCUUCAAGUUCCGUCGAUCUGCUUUUCGUUGCGAGGAGCCGAAGGUCACAUUGAUGGGACCGUCUACCAUGAGUGUCUCCGGCCAAGGCAUCCCAGUGGAUUUUUCAGUAAACUGUGCUACGCCGGGCUGCCAUGCAGCGCUGGUAUGUGCGUGCGGAGCGAUCGAUGUUCGCUCGAGAGGGCUCAUUCUUCUUGUCAGGCGUUGGUCCAAAGACCGCGGCGUGUGCCAUGUAGCGCGCGGCCACCUUUCACCCUACGGCUGGACUCUGCUGGCCAUUUUCUACUUGCAGGCGAAGGCAGCGAUGCUUCCGCCGCUGAGCGCCACGAAAAACGGCAAAGACUAUGAAGUGAAGCCUUUGGAGGACGAAGCAGUGGAGAGCACCAUUGCACCAGGUGAGUGCCCGGAUUCACUCACUGUCGGCGACCUCUUCUCUGGAUUUAUAGGCUUCUACGAGCGCGAGCUCAACUUGCAAUUUGAGGCUGUGUCGUUGCACCAUGGCCGGAGGCAACCGUCUACACAGAAAUCGGACGACGCUGAGACUGUGGAUUUGGGCUUACGUAUACAGGACCCCUUCGAUCCAGAGCGAAACUGCGGAGCCAGCAUGAGCCAAGAGGGACUCCAGAGACUUCGGGAGGAGCUCGUCAGGGCUGACAUCAUUCUAUCAGCCACAAAGCAGGCUUCUCUAUCGGAAGUUCUUCAACCUUGGGUGCCUGCCUGA